UAAUAGUUUUUAAUCUUUUCUCUAUUGCUACUUUUCGUGAUAGAUACAACCGAAGGAAGGAUUUCCUCUCUAACGUAACGUAUUGUCAAAAAAGGUGUACAAUGUGAAACAGUUGGCAAUCAUUAGUACUAAAAUGGUGCUAUAGUCGGAGACAUUAUGAUACGUAUUUAAUUGCAGAUCGAUCAAAAACAAAUUUUACUAAGCGUACAUACUUUCAAAAAUAAAUGUGACCCUUUAUCAACGUACAGAAUGCAGAUAGUGCAUUUUUCUUGGGGUCUCAUUUGGUAUAUUUUAUCUACUUCUCAAGUUAAUGCUGAUUAUAACAUUACAUUAACACAUGAUGGCCCUGUAGUAUUAGGUGGAACUAUUACAUUUAAAGCUGAUAUCUUUUAUAAUGGUAUAAGACCAUCAGAAACAUUUAAAUAUAAAUGGAGUGACAAUGCAUUAACUCCUCAUAUAUAUGAGACAGGGGCUAUAUCAAAUACAACAACAUAUUGGAAUUUAAAUAUUGCCCAUGAAAAUUAUACAAUUGGAAAAUAUGAAGUUGAAGUAGUGGUUUAUAAAUAUGUCGUGUUUUGGUGGCAGGAUGUUACCAGUACCCGUACCGAGUUUUAUGUGACUGAAUCUUUCAAUGGAGACAUCAAAGUUAUACAGCCCAACAAAACAUCAAUGGAUACAUAUGUCUCUUCAGCAUCUGAAGCAAACAUGACAAUAAAUAUAAGAAAAGGAGAUAUGGAUUAUUUGAUGAAAGCCACAUCAGUAUCAAUUUAUUGGUUUAUAGAUUGCAGAUAUUUUGGUCAAACGAAUGACUUAAAUUUCCUCUAUAAUUUUACAACUCCCGAUACAUCACAUGUGUUAGAAGCUUUGGUCGUUGCAUCAUACAAUUCACCAACAACAACUGUUCCACCUACUACAACGGUUCUACCAGUAACAACAACAAUUAUUCCUUCUAGUAUAACUGUGCCAAAUGUUACAAUAUCAAAUACUACAACAGAAGAUGUGGUAACUACUACCAUAUCUAGUAAAAGCAUAACUGCAAAACCAAUAUUAAUAUCUACAACAAUACCUCUAAAUAAUUCAGAAAAUGUCAGUAUUUCCAAUGUAAAUAUUUCUUUACCUUAUAUUUGUUCCAACUCUUCGAUAAUUCCACCAGAUCCUAAUAAAACAUAUGGGCACUUCACUAAAAAAAUUGAUGUUCGUGCACCUAUAAUGAAUAUAUCAGUAGAGGGUACAAAUUGGAUUCAACCAUGGGAUAUGUUAUCUCUUAAUGUAACAUGUAAAGGUUCAGGACCUUUUAAUAAGUGCCUUUAUUUUCAUAGAGGGAAGUAUAAUGUUACGGGAAAUGAAACAUGCGAUACAGAAGAUAAUCUUUAUUCUUGUAAUUUUUCCAUCAUACAUUAUUUCUUGGAACCCAGCAUAUAUACAAUAUUAAUUAUAUUAGAUAAUGAUGUCAGUAAACAAAUCUAUCCCUUGACAAUAAAUAUUUAUAAAGUGACAACAAAGCCACAAUUAUCAGUGAUUGUGGUACCUGUUUCUUGUUCUCUUGCUGCUGCAGUACUCAUUAUUUUUGGCAUUGCAUAUUACAUACAAAGUAAAGCAAGAUUUACAGUGGAAGUUGCAGAUUUUGACUUUGGUCAAAAUAAUCCAGAAAUGGAGUAUAAAACAUUUACAGAACGUUUAAGAGAUUCGAUUAAUAACGCUAUAAGACCAGGAAGCAAACGGAUAAGUGUAUGCCAGCCCUAUUAUGGCAGCAUGAAUCGCUAACAAGGUUACAAACCUCUUAGUAAUUCUCAAACUAUUCAGUGAUGUUUAAAAUGAAGAAAAAAGUAUUGAAAUUAUCAAGUAUUUGGAUUAAAGACUAUGGGAGAUUGAACAAGUGAAGAAGAUGCUAAACGAAAUGAAUUACAAGAAGAGUUUCAAAAUUAAUAUAUCUUACGACAUUUUUAAGUAUCAAAUAAUUUAAUCAGGAAGUUAUUAAUAUUAUAUCAUUAAUAUUGCGAAUUUAUUCAUUCCAAGGAAUUUAUAAACGAAAUUAAAAUUGUAUAUAGAAUAAAUAAAUAUUGUAUAUAUAGGCUGUGUACAUAGUAUGCAAUGAAAUAUUGCUUUUGAUGUUUUGCGGAAAUGAAGUUAUAAUAUUAAUUUAUAAUAUUUUUUCUAGAAUUUUAACAUUGUGAAAUUUCAUGAAACACAUUUUUUCUACUUUUAAUGUGUUUAACUUCGGGUUACUGGAUUCAUGUACUACUUAACUCAUUCAUCACAAGAAAAAUAUUGGUAAGCACGUAAUUAUAUAAGCAUGUAGAUUACAUUACAAAUUACAAUUACAAAAGCGUGAUAAACAAAAAGAUAUAAUACUUAUUUGAAUGAUACAUCUUGUAAUGCGAAUUUUUCGUAUAUAUAUGUGCUUUUACACAUAUACAUGCAAUUUGCAUAUACGUAUAUAGUAUUAAAUUUAAUUACCC